UUGAGUGGGCCUGUAGCUGACACUGGCCCCCUACAACAAAUACAUGUUUAUGAAUCAAAAACGCCUUUUUGAGGUACAACAGCGUCUGUUUGUUGACCAAAUUUGCCUUUUGCCUCCUUUGGAAUAUAUAUAUUUUUUAUUAUUUUUCUUCAAAAGACACUCAUGAUUGCAGACAGGAAACAUGAUUGCUGCAGGGGUGGAUCUCCCCGGCUCCGGUGUGAUUGUGGAAACGCACGGCAGCCUUCAGAGGCGCUGACUGCGGGGCGUAAGUAGCUCUCCAGGGUGCUGAAGUCGUCUCCAAACGCGACAGACGCAGCGCCCGACACCUGCCCGUCAUUUCCAGCCCAUCAUCCAAACACAAUGACUUGGCAGUGUCUUCGCCCGAGCAACAGCGUGGGUCCUCGGGCUGAGUAGGUAAGGGUGUUGGGAUGGUUAGGUGAGAUUUUUAAGCGGAAAGAAUCUUGAAGUCCUGGUGGCAUUAGAACAAUGGUGCCACAGUAUAGUACGAAAUAAGCGAACACAGAGAUUCACCACGUUGGACAUCGUGGAAGGACAAUGCACCAUAUUUCCCCUAAUUACAGAGGGACGCUAUGGGAGUCCAGCCAUGCAUGUGUCCCUAUCAGUAAAAGUAGAACAACUUUUACCACACAGUCCUUUUAUAACUUUCUGUUAUGGGUCGUCCUCGGAGUGUUGACGUUCCCUUGUUGUGUCCGGUGUCUAAUAUUCAAAGUCGGGGUCUUGGGGCCUUGGAACUGCGACCCAGUCUACUACAGGGCCAUGCCUGCUGCGGCUGCCAGACUCGCUGUGAGCAGAAUAAACGCAGACCUGAACCUGGAUCUGGGCCUGAAAAUGGAUUUCAUCAUCCUGCAGGAGCCAUGUGAGACAUCAAAAGCACUCAAUGCCUUUAUUCAGUACGACCAAUUUGCGGAUGUGCUUUUGGGCCCCACCAACCCGGGAUACUGUGUUGCAGCUUCUCUGCUGGCCAAGAACUGGGACAAAGCCCUCUUCUCUUUCGGAUGUCUUAGCUAUGAGCUGGACCGGGCCACGGGACACCCGACCUUUGUCAGGACAGUGCCGUUUCCUAUUGACGUGUUAUUCACCGUGUUGAAGCACUUCAGAUGGGCCGGUGCUGUGGUGGUUUCAUCUAAUGAGGAUAUUUGGGUGGACACUGCAGGGAGAGUGGCCACCGCGCUGAUGAAUAAGGGUCUCCCCAUUCUCCUGGUUACAUCAAUUGGUAUUAACGAGACAGAGGUACAGAGGACACUGUUGAGGAUCCAGGCUGCAGGAGAGGUCAGAGUCAUACUCAUGUGCAUGCACUCUAUCCUGGUGGGAGGUGAGCAGCAGGCUGCGUUCCUUCUCAAAGCACAGAAAAUGGGUAUGACCUCAGGAAAGUAUGUGUUUGUUCCCUUCGACACGCUCCUCUACAGCGUUCCCUACACCAACGUCUCCUAUGUGCCCCUGCAAAACAACAGCAGCCUGAGGGAGGCCUACGAUGCCGUGCUGACAGUCACCAUGGCCUCAGAGCCUUUGUCCUUCAAUGAGGCAUUCAAUGCAGCCAAGAGGAGUGAGGAGCUGACUGUAGCCCUGCAGGCAGAGCAGGUAAACCCAUUAUUUGGGACCAUCUAUGACAGCCUGUACCUCCUGGCUAAGUCCAUCCAUAAUGUCAGGAGAGCAGGCAUGCAGCUGUCAGGCUCGAACCUGGCCUACUACACGAAGAACACAACCUUCAAUGGUUUUAACCAGAAGAUCAAGGUGGACACUGCUGGGGCAGUCAAGACCAACUAUGUCAUCCUGGACACGGACAACAGUGGAAGUCAGUUGUACCAGACAUACAACGUGGAUAUAGUUUCUGGAAAGCUUAGUUUCGCGGGAAGGUCAAUCAAUUUUCCAGGAGGAUCCCCUCCACCAUCUGAUUCCAAAUGCUGGUUUGAUAAGAACGCCAUUUGCACCGGAGGCGUGGAGGUCACCUAUAUCAUCGUGGUGCUGGGUGUCAUCUUGACUGUGGCUGUAGGAGGGCUCACUUUAAGUUUCUUUAUCAGGAGGCGACUCCAACAAAUCCAACUGGUCAAAGGUCCCAAUAGGAUCUUGCUUACCUUGGAGGAUCUGACUUUCAUCAACCCCCAGCUUAGCAGGAAGAAAAUCACUCUGGAGGAUCUGAGCGAGUCUAAGAGUGCUCUGGAGGAGAAAUCCGCAGACCACUCGCACUCUGUCAACAGCAUGCAGACAGCAACUCACGAAACCACCAAUGUAGCCGUGUAUGAGGGUGACUGGGUUUGGCUGAAGAAAUUUGAGACGGGUCAGUUCAAGGAGGUGAAGCAGAGCACCACAAAGAUUUUCACAAAGAUGAAAGACCUGAGAAACGAGAAUGUCAAUCCUUUCCUGGGCUUCUUCUUGGACUGCUCCAUGUUUGCUGUGGUGACCGAGCACUGCUCGCGUGGCAGUCUGCAGGACCUGCUGAGGAACGAGGAUGUGAAAUUAGACUGGAUGUUCAAGUCCUCCCUGCUUCUUGACCUCAUCAAGGGAAUGAAAUACCUUCACCACAGAGAUUUCGCCCACGGCAGACUAAAAUCUCGUAACUGUGUGGUAGACGGACGUUUUGUCCUUAAGAUAACGGACUAUGGCUUUAACGAGCUGCUGGACACUCAGAAAGCACCGAUAGAGGAGGUCCCACCUGAAGAUCAGUUUUGGACACCUCCGGAAUUGCUGAGGGAUGUGGCAAACUCACGUAAAGGGACCUACAAGGGAGAUGUGUACAGCUUUUCAAUUAUCCUCCAAGAAGUGGUUGUCAGAGGGCCGCCCUACUGCAUGCUGGGUCUGCCACCUGAAGAGAUUAUCCGCAAGGUGAAGAAGCCUCCUCCAAUGUGCCGACCCACCGUGGCUCCAGACCAGGCUCCGCUGGAGUGUAUUCAGUUGAUGAAGCAGUGCUGGAGUGAACUGCCUGACCGCAGACCCAACUUUGAUGAGAUCUUUGACCGGUUCAAAAUCAUCAACAAGGGCAAAAAGACCAACAUUAUUGACUCCAUGCUGAGGAUGCUGGAGCAGUACAGCUCCAACCUGGAGGACCUGAUUAGAGAGAGAACAGAGGAGCUGGAAGUGGAAAAGCAGAGGACAGAGAAAUUGCUGUCUGAGAUGCUUCCACCCUCUGUGGCUGAAGCUUUGAAGACUGGCACCACAGUGGAGCCAGAAUACUUUGACCAGGUGACAAUCUACUUUAGUGACAUUGUAGGAUUUACCACCAUCUCGUCCCUGAGUGACCCAAUCGAAGUGGUCGACCUCCUCAAUGACCUCUACACUCUGUUUGAUGCCGUGCUCAGAAACCAUGAUGUCUACAAGGUGGAGACCAUCGGGGACGCUUACAUGGUGGCAUCAGGUCUGCCAAAGAGAAACGGUAACAAGCACGCGGCUGAGAUCGCCAACAUGUCCCUGAACAUCCUCAGCUCAGUGGGUUCCUUCCAUAUGCGGCACAUGCCAGACGUGCCCGUCAGGAUACGAAUAGGAAUCCACUCAGGGUCGUGUGUUGCUGGUGUGGUGGGUCUGACUAUGCCUCGCUACUGCCUUUUUGGGGACACUGUCAACACUGCCUCUCGUAUGGAAUCCACAGGGCUGCCUUAUAGAAUCCAUGUGAAUAAUAGCACGGUAAAGAUCCUCCACUCUCUUAACGAAGGCUAUGAAAUAGAAGUCAGAGGCAAGACUGAGCUGAAGGGUAAAGGUAUUGAAGAGACGUACUGGCUUGUGGGAAAAGCAAACUUUGAAAAGCCUUUGCCAAAACCACCAGAGAUCAAAGCAGGGGUCGACAAUCAUGGGCUGAACCCGGAAGAUAUAGCUGCAUACAAGAGAAAGAAAGCUGAGAAAAAGGCUUGACCUUUUUUAAGUCCGUACACCGGAGGGCCAACUGGCAGGAGAUGGUGACAGAGGAGAUCAAGACACUUUUUCGCAAGGCCAACAGGCAGGUGGACAAAAAGCUCUGAGUGAG